GCCGUGACGUAAAUUAUGGCUGAAUAUUCCAAAUCAUCCAUGCAAAGAGCCUCCCUUUUCUUCAUCUGCCUUUACCUCCAUGUGGGACGAGGAAUAUACUUUGGUUCAUACAUAAAUUACAUAACAUGAAACUCCGGUAUUAUCAUCAUCCUCAUUUCUAUAGCGACAGCCUUCCAUGGUUACAUUCUUUCAUGAGGACAAAUAUCUUUCUGAAGAGCAACAGUAAUCACUAAUCUAGUUUCAGCAGUUCCCUACAUUGGUCAACUUCUAGUACAAUGACUAUGGGGGGGGGGGGGGGGGUUCUCAGUUGACAAUGCCACUCUCACCCAUUUCUUCCCUCUUCACUUCAUAUUACCCUUCAUAAUACUAGCAAUAAUCAUACUCCACCUACUGUUUCUCCACCAAACAGGAUCUAAUAACCCUCUGGGGAUCAACAGAAACACUGACAAAAUCCCUUUCCACCCCUACUUCUCCUCCAAAGAUAUCCUCAGUUUUCUACUUACAUUAAUAUCAUUCUCAACAAUAUCUCUUACCCUCCCCUAUUUUCUGAGAGAUCCCGAAAACUUCAACACAGCCAACCCCCUAGUAACCCCUAUCCACAUCCAACCAGAAUGAUACUUCCUAUUUGCAUAUGCUAUUCUACGGUCCAUACCUAAUAAAUUACGGGAAGUAACUGCAUUGCUACUUUCAAUCCUUAUUCUUCUUAUUCUCCCACUAACAAAUAAAUCAAAGUUUUGAAGCUUAAGUUUUUACCUUAUUAACCAAUGCAUCUUCUCAACUUUAAUCUCCACAUUUAUUCUCCUCACAUGAAUUGGCAUCCGACCUGUAGAAGAGCCUUAUGAACUUAUUGGCCAAAUUCUCACUGUUGUCUACUUUUCAUAUUUCAUCAUCAAUCCUAUUCCCCUAAAAUUAUGAGAUAAAACUCUUUGACUAUUUAGCUAUAUAUUCUUAAGCUGUUGUUUUGAAAACAAAAAAAAAGAAUUUAUUACUUCUAAUAGUCUUAUUCUUAAUUAUAUGCAAAUAACAACAACAAACAAACAAAUCCCAAAAGAAAAAAGCAAAUAAUUCAAGGCUAAAGGCAAAUAGAUUUUUCAAGCUAAACCUAUCAUACCGAAAUCGAGGAAAAGUUCCACGAACUCACAAAAAUAAAACUCUCAAAAACAACUAACAUCCUUCUCAAUCCUCCAAGAAAAACCAACACACUAAUUAAUCUCAUAAGCAAAAUAUUUCUAUACGCAGCUAUAAAAAUUAAAGCAAACCCCCCUCUUCUAUACUCUACAUUAAACCCAGACACCAACUCAGACUCCCCCUCCACAAAAUCAAAAGGUGAAUGAUUAGUCUCAGCCAAAUAAGAUGAAAACAAUACAAUUGCCAAAGGGAAAAA